AUGACUGGUGUCCUUUUAAAAAGGGUAAAUGUGGACACAGCUGGAGACAGAUGGAGAAGAGGCAGAGAACGCCAUGGACCGCCACCAAACCACCGCCAAAAGCCAGGAAAGAUGGCCGUGGAGCGAGUUGCUGCAUGGGUCCAAAAGAGCACGGGAAGGGAUCCCAUCACAGCUGGUCUCCGAGUUAGACAGCUCUACACACCCCAGGUUGUGCUGAGACGAGAAACAAAUCCCAGCGGCCCGAGGGCGGGCUCCUUACACAUCCGGGGGGCGUGGCCCGCGCCGAGAGCUCCCAGCCCCGCGCAGCUGGAACUACUUGUCCCAGGUUCCGGUUUCGGGGGGGAAACGGCGGCUUCAGGGGAGAGCGGGGCAUCGGGCGGUGGAGGCGGCACAGAAGAAGCGUUUAUGACCUUUUACAGUGAGGUGAAACAAAUAGAGAAGAGAGAUUCGGUUCUAACGUCCAAAAAUCAAAUUGAAAGAUUGACCCGUCCUGGUUCCUCCUACUUCAAUUUGAAUCCAUUUGAGGUUCUUCAAAUAGAUCCUGAAGUGACAGACGAGGAAAUAAAAAAGAGGUUUCGGCAGUUAUCCAUAUUGGUGCAUCCUGACAAAAAUCAAGAUGAUGCUGACAGAGCACAAAAGGCUUUUGAAGCUGUAGACAAAGCUUACAAGUUGCUACUGGAUCAGGAACAAACGAAGAGGGCCCUGGAUGUAAUUCAGGCAGGAAAAGAAUACGUGGAGCACACUGUGAAAGAGCGGAAAAAGCAAUUAAAGAAGGAAAGAAAACCUACAAAUGUGGAAGAGGAUGAUCCUGAGCUAUUCACACAGGCAGUAUAUAAACAGACCAUGAAACUUUUUGCUGAACUGGAAAUUAAAACGAAAGAGAGAGAAGCCAAAGAGAUACAUGAAAGGAAGCGACAAAGAGAAGAAGAGAUUGAAGCUCAAGAAAAAGCCAAACGAGAAAGGGAGUGGCAGAAGAACUUCGAGGAAAGUCGAGAUGGUCGUGUGGACAGCUGGCAAAACUUCCAAGCAAACACAAAGGGGAAGAAAGAGAAGAAAAAUCAGACCUUCCUGAGACCACCAAAAGCAAAAAUGGAGCAGCGUGAGUGA